GUGAUAACAAUGCAUCCAGAUAAGUACUUACCUGAAUUAGUGGCCGAGAAAAACAGCUUGGACCCCUCCUUUGUGCAUGCGGUGCGGCUGCUUGCAGAAGAGAUUGAAAAGUAUGAAGGGGAUGAAUUGAGAAAAGAUGGUGACAUGAAGAAAUACCUAGAUAUCAUCAGCAAUAAAAAUACCAAGCUCUCUGAAAGAGUUCUCAUUCCAGUCCAACAGUAUCCAAAGUUUAAUUUUGUUGGGAAGCUUCUUGGACCACGGGGAAAUUCCAUGAAAAGAUUACAGGAGGAAACGGGAGUGAAGAUGUCCAUCCUCGGCAAAGGGUCCAUGAGGGAUAAAGGCAAGGAGGAAGAAUUAAGGAAAAGCGGGGAGGCCAAAUACGCCCAUCUGAGUAAUGAUCUUCACGUUUUAAUUGAAGUCUUUGCUCCACCUGGAGAGGCCUAUUCCCGCAUGAGUCACGCCUUGGAGGAGAUUAAAAAAUUCCUAGUUCCAGACUAUAAUGACGAGAUCAGACAGGAGCAACUGAGAGAGCUCUCCCUGUUGAAUGGCGGUGACGAGUCGAGCAGAGGGAGGGGUGCACAAGGGAGGAGCGUACGACCAGCAACCACAAUAUCCACAAGGGGCCACAGGGGCACAGGAAGGAGUGCAGCAGCACCUCGGGGGACAGCAGCAGCGACACACAGCAAACUUCCCACGACUGUUUUAACAAGGGAGUUACAAGCUCCGAGAGCCAGGGGGGCGGCAGGGAGUGCUGGAUACAGGGUCCCGCUGUUAGCAGUCACACAUGAAUCGUAUGACGACUAUGGCUACGAUGAUGGAUAUGGGGGAGAAUAUGAUGACGAAAGUUACGGAGCCUAUGAGGAUAACUACAGCAAUCAGUCAAAGAGCAUUUCAGAAUAUUACGAAUAUGGACAUGGAACCAGUGAUGAAUCCUACAACAACUAUGAGGAGGAGUGGGCGACUACCCGUCCUAGUCUCAAAGCCCCUGUUUUACGGCUGACAAGAGGGGGCUACAGGAAACAUCCCUAUGGUAGAUACUGA